AUCAUUUUACCCACAUAUUUGGCGCUACAUUGAAUUGCUAACAUUGUUACACCUACUAACGUUACUUUUAAGCGAGUUUUAGCUUUAUACGAGGUCAUUACGUUGUUUAUAUACGCCACAAACACCCCUCUCUUAAUACAAUGGUUUUUCCCAUCAUGGACGCCGUUCUCUGACGGUAAAUAUUGCUACUCUUAAAACAUCUAACUGAACGCGUAUACGCCCCGAAAACACAGGAACAGGUCAUCCGAACGUUUUCGCGUAUUUUAUUCGUGUACGUAAUAUGAACACUGACGCAGCUUUCGUGAACACCAAGCAGUGACUUGGCGGCCCCAGGUUCGUUACGUGCUCUGGGUUUGAGAUGUGAAACGCCGCGCGCUGAGCUCUGUUACUGUGAAUCCAUUAGACUUAAUGACGUAGAAAUAACAACGCUGCCCGUGUGAACAGACCGCCGGACAGCAUCAUGAGCGAGCUGAAGGACUGUCCCCCGCUUAAAUACUACGACUUCAAACCCGUGGAGCACGUGAAGCUGUGCCCCCGCUACACCGCGGUGCUGGGCCGCUCGGAGGACGAUGGCAUCGGCAUUGAGGAGCUGGACACCCUGCAGCUGGAGCUGGAGACCCUGCUGUCCUCCGCCAGCCGCCGACUGCGGGCCCUGGAGGAGCAGAGGCAGAUCCUCACAGACUGGCAGGACAAGAAGGGAGACAAGCGUUUUCUGAAGCCAAGCAAGGACCCAGAUCCUGCAGCCCCAGUCCGCCACAAACCCAAGAAGCAAAAACUGGACGGCAAGGGAGGGCACGGACCGGGCCCCGGACCCGGUAGACCCAAAUCCAAAAACCUGCAACCGAAAGUUCAGGAAUAUGAAUUUACAGAUGAUCCGCAAGAUAUCCCUCGCACUCCAAAAAACGACGCUCCCAACAGGUUCUGGGCGUCAGUUGAGCCGUAUUGUGCGGAUAUAACCAAUGAAGAGACCCGACUGCUGGAGGAGCUUCUGAAACCUCCAGAGGACGAGGCCGAGUAUUUCAAAAUUCCUGUGUUGGGGAAACACUAUUCCCAGCGGUGGGCUCAAGAAGACCUGCUGGAGGAGCAGAGGGAAGGGGCACGAGCCAACGACAAGAAGAAGAGCAUCAUGGGAGGGCCUCUGUCAGAACUGGACGCUAAAGAUGUAGACUCACUGCUUAAGAAAUCCGAAUCUCAGCACGAGUCACCAGAAGACGGUUGUCCCUUUGGUCCGCUCACUCAGCGUCUGCUUCAGGCCCUUGUAGAGGAGAACAUUAUAUCCCCCAUGGAGGAUUCUCCAAUACCGGACAUGUCAGGGAAGGAUGCGAAUGAUGGAGCUGGGACUUCCCCUCGAAGUCAGGGAAAAGCUUUCAGUGUUCCUCACACACGUUCCCUGGAGGCGCGGAUCAAGGAGGAGCUGAUAGCUCAAGGGCUUCUGGACUCGGAGGAGCGACCCGGACAAGGAGGAGACUUGGAGGACGAGGUCCUCGCCGAGCUGCAGAAGAGACAAGCAGAACUCAAAGCCCUGAUUGCCCACAACAGAGCCAGGAAGCAGGAGCUGCUCCGGUUGGCAAAAGAAGAGAUGCGCAAGCAGGAGCUGAGGCAGAGAGUGAGGGUGGCCGAUAACGAGGUGAUGGAGGGUUUCCGGCGCAUCAUGGCCGCCAGGCAGAAGAAGCGCACACCAACCAAGAAGGAGAAGGAUCAGGCCUGGAAAGCUCUGAAGGAGAGGGAAAGCAUCCUCAAGCUUUUAGAUGGAUAAAAAAAAAAUCAACGUUUGGUUUUUCUUUCUUUCUUUAAGCCACAUCUCACCCUGUCCUUGCAGAUUCAGACAGGAGAAACUGCCCGGUAGUGUAAACAUUUAUGUGACGUAGUUUUAAUAGUGUGUAAAAUCAGCCAUCUGAUUCUCAGCCUCGAGUAACAUUUUUUUUUCUACCGUGAUUGUUGGAUUUUGUCAAUUUGUGUUGCUCCUUUUUUUUAUAUGAUCAUUAUUCAUUGGUUAUGAAACAGAACGACUUAAUGUUUUAAUUUGGUUUUUUUACAACUACAGUGAGGAAAGUGCAUGAUCUGGAGUCGCAUCCUCAGAAUGCACAAAAUAACCUGGAUAACAAACUAACUCACCUUCUUCAGUAAUAAAAAUUCAACAUGA